AUGGAUUUCAAGGUCACCGUAACUACAAGGGCUGCAACAAUGGAGAAGUGGAUCUACCGCGUAUCCAAAGAUUUCCUUUGCGACGCCAGCGCAAAGAUCGUUGGUCUUGAUUGCGAGUUCACUGACAAAGUGAAAGGAAUCAAGCAGAAACUUCUUCCAGAGGAUAAACGGCAACGUGCAGCAGUUUUGCAGCUAUGUGUUGCCAAUGACAUCAUUCUUUUUCAGAUAUUUCAGGCAACAAAGGUUCCAUGUUUGUUAAAGAAAUUCUUGAGCUCGGAGAAGAUCUGGUUCUUUGGUGCAGCAAUUGAUAUGGAUCGCAGGAUGUUGAUGCCUUACGGAUUAAACAUCAAGUGUGCGUUCGACUUGCAGAAGAUGAUCAAUAUUCAUAAAUUAGAUCCUGGUGUUAAGAAUAAAAGAAUACCAUCACUCUAUGACCUGUCAAAUGCUGUGUUGGGGACAAAUUUGGAAAAGAAAGGUGAUUCUUGCAAGAAAAUAAGAGAGGAAGGAUGGGCAAGACCCGAAUUAAGCUUUGAUCAGGUCAAAUAUGCAGCCUUGGAUGCACGGCUAAGCUUUGAAAUUCCUAGAAAAAAAUGGGCAAUCAAGGGAUACGAUAUUACUGGAUAUAUGUACAAUGUAUGA